AUGUCUUCUCGACCGACGCCCCCGUUGAAGACAAUCCAUGGCGUUAGGCUUGGAGGCACGUCGGCAGGCGACCCAGAGACCACGUGGGACGUCGCUAUAGAAUAUCCCCCCAAUUGCCCGGAAGGAGUGAUCUCGUCCGUUAGUCCAAAUGAUCCUCCUCCGCCCUCUACUUCCUCACCACCUAUCCUUCUCCCAGCCCUCGUCCAUCCUCACGUCCAUAUAGACAAAGCGUUCAUACUUAACACCCCCUCAUACGGCAACUUAUUACCCUCAACCGGCUCAUUCCAAGAAGCCAUCACCUCCACAACCAAAGCAAAAGCAGCCUUUACCCAUGCCGACAUCCUCAAACGUGGUGAGUGGCUACUCGCAGACUCCAUCGCUUCCGGCGUAACAGCUAUUCGCAGCUUCGUCGAAGUCGACCACACUGUGCAACACACUUGCCUCAAUGCCGGGCUGGUCCUUAAGGAAAGAUGGAAAGACGCCUGUGAUAUCCAGCUCGUUUGCUAUGCACAAGACCCCGUCUUCUCAACUUCACACGGAGAGGAGAAUAGACGCCUGAUUGAAGCUGCUCUCCGGGACCACACGCCAGAUAAGCUUGGUGUUCUGGGCACGACGCCAUACGUGGAAUCGAGCAUCGAAGCUUCAAAACAGAACAUCGAGUGGGCUGCUGCCGCGGCCUUACAGAACGACCGGCACCUCGACUUUCAUCUUGACUAUAACCUUGCUCCUCCGGAGGAAGACCCGGAACCGCUCAUCUGGCAUGUCUUGCGUACUCUCCGUCUGCUAGGAUGGACAUCGCAAAAUACAAAUAAACGCGUAAUGUUGGGACACUGUACGCGGCUUUCUCUAUUCAAGGAAGAGCACUGGAUGCGCCUCGCGCGAGAAGUCCACGACAACGAGCUCCCCAUUAGCUUUGUUGGCCUCCCGACUAGCGACCUCUAUAUGGCAACUACGCCCUCUGGUAGUGAUAUCGGAGUAAAGACUAACCCUAGAGGCACGCUACCUGUACCCUCCAUGAUCCGUAAAUUCGCACUCGAUGCAGUGAUUGGUGUGAACAAUGUCGGGAACGCGUUCACGCCCUGGGGCUCUGCAGAUCCAUUGGGUCUUGCCUGUUUAGGUGUGGGUAUUUACCAAGCUGGGACGGUAAGCGACGCGGAGCUAUUAUAUGAAUGCGUGUCUACGCGUGCCCGCGCCGCCAUCGGACUAUCUUCGCCAUCACAAUCUGACUCUGGCGUUUGUUUGAAACAGGGCGACCGUGCAGAUUGUUUGCUGUUGCACGAUGUAGAUGAUACUGGGCUUCUCGAACCUGGCGCGACUCGGGCACGAAAGAGCAUUGCGGAGGUUGUCUGGGAUCCUCCGGUGAGAACGAGUAGAGCGGUUAUUUCUCGGGGCAGCGUGGUGAAGCGCGCACAGUUGGCUGCUUCUGAAACUGUUUUUCGGUUUGUAGUGUAG